AUGAACUGUAGGAGGAUCUUCCUAGUCAAGUGCUUGCUGAUUUUUUUCCCCAGAGUAACAUGCUCUGCCACCAGCAGGAUUUACAGGGCAGUGAAUGAGUCGGCUCUUCUCAGCCUCACUUCUCUUGCUGGGGAGGUGUAUGAUGCAACGUGGCUGAGAGGCAGAAAUAAGUUGCUUCGAUUCAAAAACAAGACAGUUACCUAUUAUCAGACCAGGGAGCAGUGCAGAUGUAAGAUAUUCCCAAAUGGGACUCUACAGAUACAAAAUGUUGUGAAAGAGGACAGUGGCAACUACACUGUGACUGUGUAUGCAGAGAACGGCAAACUGAAGGCAGAAGAAGAAAAAAUGCUCAUUGUUCUGGAGCCUGUUCCUCAGCCUACUCUCAGUGCUGAAUGCAUCAAUAAAACCGCAUCUGUCAAGUGUGAGGUGGAGCAGAGGACGAAGGGUGAAACAUUUCUGAUAGAACUGACUCAAGAUAAAACCAAAAGACUCCAAAAGAAUGCAGCGAGGUUGGAACUGCACACCCGGCACCCUGGAAUGUUCAGAUGUGCUGUUAGCAACGAAGUCAGUGAAAAAACAACUCAAAAAGUAAUUAACUGCUCAGGCAAGCUGGACCUUUAUCUCAUCUUAAUCAUAGCAGGAGGUGCAGUCUUCUUGGUCAUCUUUCUCAUUUUGGUUAUUUUUUGCAUCAGGAAGAAGAAAAGAGAAAGGUUUGAAGAUGAUGGUGCGGAGCAAAUGAUGCAGGCUUGCAAGGUGGACAGCGAAAUGGUGGUGCGGAAGCUGCCUCAGCCACCCUGCAAUCCCACCCCAAAGCAGCUGCGCGUGCAGCAGCGGCCACUGCCCCAGCCCCAGCCGCAGCCGCAGCUGCAGCCGCAGCCCCAGCCGCAGCCGCAAGCGCUGCCCCCGCGGCCCAGGCCCCGCGCUCAGCCGCGAGCCCCAAACCGCCCAAGAGAAAGACCUUGAACGACUGCCCCGGCAGGAGCGACGGUGUCCCGGCUUGAGGCCAGGCAGGUCCUCUCCUGCCCCCUGAGAAUGACACUCAUCACACAAAUGGAGUUCAAAGU